AUGAAACGGGAAGAUAGUACGGAAGAAGAGAUACGUCCUCGUAGCGUUGGCCCACCGUUGAAACAGCGCAAUGCUCGGAGCUCCAGCAAUAUGCACUUAGUGGCGGACGAGGAGGAAAGCACGCCAUCGUACAUGCCACCUUGGACUACGCCAUACAUCAUUGGAGUUGGGGGCACGUCGGGUUCCGGUAAAACCAGUGUGGCGUCGAAGAUUGUUGCGUCGAUUAACACGCCAUGGACAGUAUUGAUCUCACUGGACAACUUCUACAAGCCACUGUCGGCGGAGGAGCGCGCGAGGGCGUUUAGGAAUGAGUACGACUUCGACGAGCCGCAAGCACUGGACCUGGACCUUGCAUACCAGUGUCUGUUGGCGCUCAAGGAGGGCAAGAAGAUGACAAUGCCGGUGUAUAGCUUCGUGCACCACAACCGGGUCCCUGACAAGAGCAUAACAAUCUACGGUGCGUCCGUAGUGGUUCUGGAGGGCAUAUAUGCGUUACAUGACAAGAGAAUUACAGACCUGAUGGACUUGAAAGUGUACGUGGACGCGGACCUCGACAUCUGCUUGGCGCGCAGGCUAUCGCGCGACAUAAUCUCGCGUGGACGCAAUCUGGAAAGCUGCAUCAGCCAGUGGGAGAAGUUUGUGAAACCAAACGCAGACAAGUUCGUGAAACCGACCAUGAAGAAUGCAGAUGCCAUCUUCCCAUCGAUGUCGGAUAACAGUAUUGCGACUAAGAUGCUGAUCAACCACAUAAAGUCCAAAUUGCAGAGGAAGUCCCAGGACCACAUUGAUAAGCUUGUUCAGCUUGGCCAUGAAACCAUCCCAUUGGAGACUUUGGACACUAUUCAUCAACUGGAGCGUACCAACCAGGCCUGUUCGCUGAAGACUAUGAUUUUGGAUAGUUCGUUGGAUCGUGACGACUUUGUGUUUUACUUCAACCGUAUUGCAACGAUCUUGGUUUCGCGGGCUUUGGAUGACAUUGCUAUCGUGCGGGAUGAACUGCCAUUGGUGACUGCAUCCGGAUAUCAACUGGAGAAGCCUGUUCAUGUGAAUUUUGACAAGAUUACGGCUGUGAAUAUUGUGCGCUCUGGCGACUGUUUCAUGGCUUCCCUACGCAAAACAGUGCCAAAUAUAUCCAUCGGUAAAUUGCUCAUUCAGUCUGACUCUCAAACAGGUGAGCCGCAGUUACAUUGCGAGUUCUUACCAGUGAACAUUGGCGGCUCUUUCGACCAGGUCCUAUUGAUGGAUGCACAAAUAAUCUCAGGCGCAGCAAUUAUCAUGGCUAUUCAAGUGCUAGUUGACCAUGGUGUUGAACUAUCAAAAAUAAAGGUUAUUGUCUACUUAGCCACUGAAAUUGGAAUAAGAAGGAUAAUAAAUGCCUUUAACAACAAAGUAGUCAUAUAUGCGGGCGAAAUUAUAUCAGACGAAAGUAUGACAGAUGGCCAAUGUAACUGGGCGAGGGUGAGAUUCAUCGACUCAAGAUACUUUGGCUGUGACUGA